AUGGCGGCGGUGGGGCCGCGGACGGGCCCAGGCGCCGGGGCCGAGGCGCUGGCGCUGGCAGCAGAACUGCAAGGAGAGGCGACCUGCUCCAUCUGCCUGGAGCUCUUCCGCGAGCCAGUGUCCGUCGAGUGCGGCCACAGCUUCUGCCGCGCCUGCAUCGCGCGCUGCUGGGAGCGCCCGGGGACGAGGGCCACCGCCGUGUCCUACACGCUGUCCUUCUCGCUGCCCUGCCCGCAGUGUCGCGAGCCCGCGCGCCCCAGCCAGCUGCGGCCCAACCGGCAGCUGGCCGCGGUGGCCACACUGCUGCGGCGUUUCAGCCUGCCGGCCGGCGCGCCAGGCGAACACGGGCCUCCGGAGGCGGUGGCGGCCGGGUGCGCACAGCACGGCGAACCGCUCAAGCUCUACUGCCAGGACGACGGACGGGCCAUUUGCGUGGUGUGCGACCGCGCCCGCGAGCACCGCGCUCACGCCGUGUUGCCGCUGGACGAGGCGGUUCAGGAGGCUAAGGAGCUCCUAGAGUCCAGGCUGAAGGUCUUGAAGAAGGAUUUGGAGGACUAUGAGGCCUUUCGUUCCACAGAAGAGAAGGAGAGCAAGGAGCUCCUGGUGAGAAUGGCAACCCCCAGGCUCAAGUCAGACGUCACCUUUCUCCAAGAAAAGCUAUCCGGUGACCCUGGGCCAGACCCAGACUUGGGUCUUACGGGUCCCUCACCGAGACACCAUGCCGCCACGCCCCCUGCCGUCACGCCCCCUGCUGCCACGCCCCCGGGCCACCACGCCCCUGCUGCCACGCCCCCGGGCUGCCACGCCCCCGGGACGCCACGCCCCCUGCCGCCACGCCCCUGCCGCCACGCCCCCGGCCACGUCACGUGCCCUCCUGCUAGGUGUUUGCCUGUUUCUCUCUGUCCCUCUGGGCACUGGGCGCUAUAG